UAGCCCCCAACUAAACCAUUUCCCAUUUCCCAUUGCUCUCUCUCUCUCUCUCUCUCUCUCUCUCUCUCGUCUGAAUUGUGUUUGCAGUCAGUCAUGUCUCUCCUCGAUGACCUCCUCAACAUCAACCUCUCUGACACCACAGAGAAGAUCAUUGCAGAGUACAUAUGGAUAGGCGGAUCCGGCAUGGAUUUGAGAAGCAAAGCAAGGACUUUGCCAGGACCGGUAUCUGACCCACAAAAACUCCCAAAGUGGAACUACGAUGGAUCCAGUACCGGCCAAGCCCCAGGCGACGACAGUGAAGUAAUUCUCUGUCCGCAGGCUAUAUUCAAGGAUCCUUUCAGGGGAGGAAACAAUAUCCUGGUAUUAUGUGACACCUACACGCCAGCGGACGAGCCAAUACCCACCAACAAGAGGUUCAAUGCGGCCAAAGUCUUCAGCCACCCCGACGUCGUUUCCGAGGAACCCUGGUACGGGAUUGAGCAGGAAUACACUCUUCUUCAAAAGGAUGUCCACUGGCCACUUGGGUGGCCAGCUGGUGGCUUCCCUGGUCCUCAGGGACCAUACUACUGUGGGAUAGGAGCUGAUAAGGCAUUUGGUCGUGAUAUAGUGGACUCCCACUAUAAGGCAUGCCUUUAUGCUGGAAUUAACAUCAGCGGAAUCAACGGCGAAGUCAUGCCUGGUCAGUGGGAAUUCCAAGUAGGCCCUGCCGUCGGGAUAUCUGCUGGUGAUGAAUUAUGGGUUGCUCGGUACAUUCUUGAGCGGAUUACAGAAAUUGCAGGAGUUGUUCUUACUUUUGACCCAAAACCGAUUCAGGGAGAUUGGAAUGGUGCUGGUGCUCACACUAAUUACAGCACCAAGUCCAUGAGGGAAAAUGGUGGGAUUGAUGUGAUCAAGAAAGCGAUUGAAAAGUUAAGUUUGCGCCACAAGGAGCACAUUGCAGCGUAUGGAGAGGGCAACGAAAGAAGAUUGACCGGUCGCCACGAGACUGCUGAUAUCCACACUUUCUCUUGGGGUGUUGCAAACAGGGGUGCUUCUAUACGUGUUGGCCGUGACACUGAAAAGGCUGGAAAAGGCUACUUCGAAGACAGGAGACCAGCAUCGAACAUGGAUCCGUACACUGUCACCUCCAUGAUUGCUGAAACCACCCUUCUCUGGAAGCCUUAAAAGGGAAUAGGGGAAGCAAAUCCAGUAUUUAUUACUGCCUAAGAUGGGCUGGUUGCUUAAAAAAAAAAAAAAAAAACUCUUGCGGUUUCGUGUUAGUUCUAUUGAUGUGUCCAGUCUGCAGGUUGUGGAUAAUGUCUUGUGAUUUGAUGCUAGAAUUCUGCUUUUAUGGUUUUGAAGUACAUGGUUUUGAAGUAUAUACAACACCAAUAAAGCUUGUUCUUAUUGCCGGUUAAU